GAGCCUCAAGCAUUGUGGCAACACAUUCGGAGUGCCCAUCUGGCCGCACAUCGUGAAGGCCAUCUUCUCGAGCUGGGGGUCGUGGCGGACCACGGGAGAUGCGCUGAAGAAGGGAGAGAAGGACCCCAAGCGCGACAAGUCCAAGGAGUCGGACGACUUCGGCGCCAAGAAGAUGCUGGUCCAGCUCGAGGCGCGCAUGAGGGCGAAGGAGAAGUACACCAUGACGCAGGUCCCCCUUCCUGCGGAUCACCCACGGGCGUGGUGCCAGGCCCAGUACCAGUCGCACCUCGUGCAGGUGAAGAAGGACCAGCGCGAGCGCGGGCCGCCAGAGCUCAACAUGUGUGCGAGGGCUCCGAACGACAUCGAGAGUUGGGUGGCAGAGGGCAAGAGCGAGGACGCCAGCGAGUGGAUCAAGGACUUCGCAAUCAGCCCGAUGUACGAG